AUGACGCGGGGGCACGACGCGCCCGUCGCGGCGUUCCACCGCGCCCUCGCGGUCGCGCUGUGCGACGCGAAAGCCCCGGGAGAGGUGAUGCGCGCGCUCUCCCUCGCGCGUCGCGUGCUCCUCCCCGACGACGACGGUGCCCCCCGCGCGGGUGCCGAGAUCGCGGCGACGCUCGACGGCGACGCGGAAGACGCGCUGACCGCCGCGGCCGCCGCGGCGCGUCGCGCGUCGUCGUCGUCGUCCUCGUCUUCGUCCACGCCCUCCUCCUCCGCGUCGCGAUGGGACGGGUUCGAGCGCGCGGGCGAGGAGAUGCUGUUCUCCGUCGCCGCGCGAUGGCUGCCGUGCAUGUCCGCGUCGCAGCGAUCGACGUCGUUCGACGCGAUCGUGCGCGCGAUGCCCGCGCCGAUCGCGACGAGGGUGCUCGUCCCCGCGCUCUCCCCGAGCCGCGGCGGUUUGGGCAACGGAAGAGGGCUGAGCGACGGCGAGAAGCGCGCGGUCGCGACGGAGGCGGCGAGGGCGCUGUCGCGCGCGAUCGACGACGGGCUCGCGCGGCGGUUAGCGUCGGGGGAGGGGGAGGAGGACGAAGUCCGCCGUAUGGGGACCAGCGUAUGGGACGGCGACGACGCGAACGCGAACGCGAACGCGAACGCGAACGAGAGCCUCGCGCUGCUCCUCUCCGCCGCGGACAGGCUCGAGCUGCCUCCUGGGAGCCACCCCUCCGCGGCGGCGCUGCGCCCGUCGACGCUCGCGCGCGCCGUCGCCGCGCAGGUCAUCGACGCGGCGCGGGCGUCGUCUUCGACGUCGACGUCGACUUCGACGCGCGGCCGUCGCGCGGAGUCCGCCGCCGCGUUCGCGCUCGCGCGCCUGUGCCGCCGCGGCCACGCGGACGAGGCCGCGGACGCGCUUCUCGCGUCGAUCGUCGUCGUCGACGACGACGGCGACGGCGACGGUCGUCCGCGCGUCGUAUGGGCAAACAGUCUCGUCGCGGCGAUGACGGACGCGCACGCGGCGGCCAAACUGGCGGCGUCGGCGCUCGCAGUCGCCGCGUCUCCCGACCGACCGACCGGUCCGAUGCGAUGGCGCGCGAUCGAGCGGUGCCUGCGGCACGCGUUCGGCGAGCGGUUCUGGGCGUGCGACGUAUUUCGACACGCGCUGUGCGACGGGCUGCUGCUGCGGAGGGCGAUCCCGCGAGCGGCGGCGGCGGCUUUGCUUCGCUUCGCGCUCGUGUCGCCGCCGCCGCCGCCGCCGACGACGACGACGACGACGACGACGACGCGCGCGGGCGAGGCCGCGGACGCCGAGGACGUCCUCAUUAGACGCCAUAAGGAGACGACCGCGGCCGCGAUCGUCGACGCGUGGGCGGACGAGGACGCCGUGCGCAUGGGAGGCGGGAAGAUUAACGGUCAGGUCGCGUCCGUUAUGCGCGCGGCGAUCGCGGCGUGCGACCCGCUCGAGGCGCGUCGUUUCUUCGUCACCGGCGCCAACUCCGCGGCGGUCAUGCGCGGCGUCAGCGCGCGCCUCGACUCGCCCGCGAUGCGGGUGAGAGUGCACGGGCAGAAGGUUGCGAUCGCGCUCGCGAGGGCGGUGGACCCGGGACGGCCGCUGACGUUCGCGGAGGAUGAGGAUUUCGGCGCCGGCGACGGGGACGAGGACGCCGUCUCCGUCGACGGCGCGGAGUGGGAGCGCGACCCGUGGGCGUUAUCGGAAGCGUCCGUCGCCGCGCGCGACGCGGAGGGUGGAUGGGAAGAUGGCGACGACGCCGCGGAGGCGUUCGCGAUGGGCGCCAUCGGCGGCGGCGGCGGCGGCGGCGAGGAAGAGGAGGAGAAGGACGACGACGAAGACGAGGCCGACGACGACGGCGACGAUUACGAUGAUCCGGACGGCGCCGUGCGUCUCGGCGGCGGCGGCGUUUCGAGACGCGACGACGACGACGACAACGACGACGACGACGAUAGCGACAGCGACAGCGACAGCGACAGCCUCGAGCCGUACGACAUGACGGACGACGAAGACGACGACGGCGGCGGCGGCGCCGGCGAAUCCAAAUUCGGGGACGCUCCCGCCGCCGGCGCGGUCGCGGACCCCGCCGCGGCCAAACGCGCGCGCCUCGCCGUCGUCGCGCGCGCGACGCGCAAGCGCAUCGCGGCGCUCCCUCGACCGACCUCCUUAUCCCAGUGCGUCGAGUGGCUGCGACAAGCUCGCGGCGGGGACGACACCGCGAGCUCGAAGACUUCCGUGGACCGCGCGGACGCGGCGGAGGGCGCGGUCCACGCCGCGGAGUCGCUCAUCCGCGCCGCGCCGGAGGAGCUCAUCGGGCACGCGAACGACCUCGUCGCCGCGCUCGUGCACGCGCAUCCGGCGACGCCGGACGACGAGCCGCUCGCGGUCGCGCGGAGGAGGGCGCUGUGCGCCGUCGCGGCGACGGCGCCGGGGGUGGCCGGUCCGGCGUUGUCGGCGGAGGCGUUCGCGUCCGGGCGGUGCGACGCGGGGCAGCGGUUGGAGGUGCUCGACGCGAUCGCGGACGCGGCGAGGGAGCUCGCGGCGUUGCCGUCCGUCGCGAUCGACGAUGUGGGUGUUCGUAACGGCUACGACGCGAGCGUUUUGGGUGGGACGCUCGCGUCGGGCGGCGCCUCGACGACGCGCGGUGAAACGCCGCGGCCGAUCGUCAAGGUUGGCAGAGAGCGCCGGUUCGCCCCGAAGAGCCUCGAACGCCUGCGCCGAGGCGCCGCCGGCGCCGCGCCAACCGCGCGCCGCACGCGCGCGCACCUCGUCGGCGGCGCGCUCGCGGGCCCGCUCCUGAUCCGAGUCUCGGACCUGCUGAAAUCCGCCGCCGCCGACGCUUCGAAAGCCGACGCCUACCGCGCGCGACCGGACGCGUCCGACGACGACGUCCACGUCCCCGGCGGCGGCAUCGACGCGCUCGUCCUCGCGCGCGCGCUCGGUGCCCUCGGCGAGUGCUGCGCCGCGGCGCGCAACGCCCCGGACGCCGCCGCGGUCGCCGCCGCGACGUUGGAGCUUUCCGUGGACGCCGUCGCGGCGUCGCAUUCGCAUCCGCACGUUCGAUCCGCGGCGUUCUUCGCCGCGUACGGCGCGAUCACCGCGGUGCCGCCGGCCGCGGCGUACCACGCGCUCGCGGAUGCGACGAGGCCCAGCGCGUUGGGGUAUCUUCUCGCGAGGGCGGAGGAGAUGGCGGACGAAGCGCGGAGUAAGGACCCGGACGAGGGGACCAGGGGUCUCGCGUUGCGGUGCGCGCUCGCGGCGGGGGAUUUGCAACAGAGAGCGGUCGCGCUCGCGAGCGGGGGGGGUGGCGAGGGGGGGAGGGACGAUCCGAUGUAUCUGCUGAAGAACUUGACGAGUUUAGCCAUAGGCGGGUUCGGGUUGUGA